AUGAUGCAGCCCACUAACAAUAGUACAUCGAAGCCCAACUCUGUUCUGUCGUCGCGGCGUUCUUCACCUCUCCCGUCCCGUUCUGCUCGCUCGUCCUCUUCAAGCUCAGCUCCGGCGCGUUCUGCCUUCCCCGCUCUCCUAAAGUCCUACGCGCGCGCUUUCAAGCUCAGCUCCGGCGCCAGAGCUGCUGCGGUGUUUGCCGCCGAAGGCGCCGAGCUGCAUUGCCGCGCACUUAAGUUGGGAUGCAGCGAGGAUCGGUACGUCCAAAACGCACUCGUGUCCCUGUACGGCAAGUUCCGUCUUCUCGGGGACGCAAGGAAGGUGUUUGAUGAAAUGCCUGUGAAGAAUGCCGUCUCUUGGAAUGCACUUGCCGGGGCUCAUGGCGUCGCUGGGGAUUUUGAGGGUGCGGAGGGUGUCUCUCAGGCGACUCCAGCAAGGAACGUAUCGUGGUGGAACACGGAUAUAAUGAGAAAUGUGAGGCUCGGGGAAAAGGCUGAGGCAGCAAGGAUUUUCAUGGAGAUGCCUGAGAGGGAUGCUGUGUCCUGGAACUCCAUUAUUGGUGGCUAUGCAAAGCUUGGGAUGUAUGACCGAGCAUUAGAUGUUUUUCAAGAGAUGCAGGAGAGUGGUAUGGAACCAACAGAGCUGACGGUUGUGUCAGCACUUUGGGCUUGUGCAGGGACAGGAGAGCUAGAGCUGGGGAGGAGAAUCCACAGUUACAUUGCAAGCAAGGGCAUUGCAGCCGAUGGCUUGAAGCUCGCCAGACAAGUCUUCUACGGCAUGUCAAUCAGGGAUGUUACAUGCUGGAAUGCAAUGAUUAUUGGGUUGUUGGUCCAUGGCCACUCGUGUGAUGCCCUGAAGCUGUUUGAUUCUAUGAAGAUUGAGCCUGAUCAUGUCACGUUUUGGGGGGUCUUGAAUGCUUGCAGCCAUGGUGGCCCAGUGAAUGAGGGGAGAGCAUAUUUUAAUAGCAUGAUUGGAGACUACAAAAUUGUGCCUACUAUGAAGCACUAUGGUUGUAUGAUAGAUAUGCUCUGCCGCUAUGGUGAAGUUCAUGAGGCUUAUCGAAUGAUCAAGGAUAUGCUUAUCAAGGCUAAUUCCGUGCUGUGGAAGAUGGUUAUGGCUGCAUGCAGAGUGCACGGUCACUUUGACCUUGCUAACAAAGCUUUCCAUGAACUGCAUCAGCCAUCAGUUGAUGCCAAUGGAUGA